AUGAUACGGUCUGCUCAGGUCAUUGACGGCAAAGCGAUUGCGGCCGCCAUCUUAAGUGAGAUUAAGGAUGAGGUAGCGGCCUUGAGAGAGCUUCACGGCGGCAAGGUGCCAGGCCUCGCCUCCAUUAUCGUAGGGCAGCGCAAGGACUCUCAAAAGUAUGUGCAGCUGAAGCACAAAACCGCCGUGGAGGUUGGGAUGGCCAGCUUCAAUGUUGAACUGCCAGAGGACACUUCGCAGGAGGUGCUGGAGUCCAACGUUGAGAAGCUGAACAGUGACCCGAGCUGCCACGGCAUCAUUGUCCAGCUGCCUCUACCAAAGCACCUGGAUGAACAUCAAGCGUUAGAGAAGAUCAACCCAUGCAAGGACGCCGAUGCGCUGCUGCCCAUUAACAUCGGCCUGCUCCACUGCAAGGACAGGGCGCCGCCCUUCACUCCAUGCACGGCGAAGGGCGUCAUUGUGCUCUUGAGGCGUUGUGGUAUCGAGAUGGCCGGCAAGCGCGCGGUUGUGCUGGGUCGCAGCAACAUCGUUGGCGCCCCUGUUGCCGCGCUCCUCAUGAAGGAAAAUGCCACUGUCACCAUUCUGCACUCCGGUACGUCCGAGGAGGACAUGAUCGACUACCUGCGGACCGCCGACAUCGUCGUCGCGGCAAUGGGUCGGCCCGGGUACGUCAAGGGGGAGUGGAUUAAGGAGGGGGCCGCCGUCGUGGAUGUUGGCACGACGCCCGUGACAGACCCAUCGAAAAAGGCGGGCUAUCGUCUUGUCGGUGACGUCUGCUUCGAGGCGGCUGCCGCGCGCGCUGCGUGGAUCUCCCCGGUGCCCGGUGGCGUGGGCCCCAUGACGAUAGCCAUGCUCCUCCAAAACACCCUCGAGGGCUUCAAGGCUGCGGUGAGCGUAUCGUAA